AUGAGACGAAUAUUAGGACAACAUCACCGAAGCCUAGCGAUACUAAUGACGAUCUGGAGUCUCGGAUGGAUCACGCUCGAGCUGAUAGGACCGGGAAGAGGAUGGGAGAGUAGCCGCGGGGGCCGAAGAGGGAUGUCAGCGGGGGCGCAGAUGAGCAUGAGUCUUUGGCGACGGUAUCCGGGGACGCCUCAGUCCUCAUCGACGGUCGGACUAGAAUGGAGCCGUCUGGAUAAGAAGAAGAAGAAUAAAGAAGGAGGAGGGGGGAGGAGAGGGAUCGGAGUGCGGCCUCGGCCGACGGACUAUCCCGCCCCGUCGACCAUCGGCCCUCCUCCCAAACGGCCCUGGCUCCAACGGCUGCUCUAUGUCCAUCGGCACGCCGCCCCGGAAAUCCAACUCGCGCUCGCCAUCCCGCCCGCCUCCCUCCAAGCCGACGGCUACGUCCUCUAUCCGCCCGCCGUAUCCGCCGACGCUUCCGGCGCUUGUAGUUGGGAAAACUCCGGCUGUCUGCGCACUCCCCAAUUCGGCUUCUCUACCGAUCUCGAUAUCCUCGAUCCUGAUCUCAGCUCUUGGGUCGUGAACUUUGAUGAUGGGUAG